ACGACAGAAAUUGGCGUCACUCCAAGCAGGCAGGAAAGCCGGGUCUGAAGCCGACAGGUGCCCGGCUGCACCCAGCCCGAGACGACUCGUCACUGGUGGCCACAGGCAACGGAGACGCAGGACGAUCCGGAGCCUAAAGUGAAGCCAGGUGACCUGGUGUACGUCAAGGUGUUCAGGAGAAAGUGGGACCACGCCCGACGAGAAGGUCCCUAUACAGUGGUCCGAGCAACAUCAAGAGCAGUACAAGUUGAAGGCUCUCCUACCUGGUAUCAUUUAAACCACUGUGUUAAAGCACCAGAGGGGGAAACAGGGUCAGUGACCAAAAAAGAGGAGGAUGAGUGGUCCGGAGAAGAAAAAGACAGUGAUCCUGGUCCUCCUGCUGCUGGUGGGGACACUUGGGGUGUUGCAACAAUGCCUCAGACCACCCGUGUCCUCCGAAGCAGGGGAACAGUUAAGACUUAGGAGAGAUGCAAACGGGUCAGUAGGGGCCAAGAGUAACGUAGGCAGACGUAGAGGGCCUGUAGGGAAAGAAUGGCCUAGGGUUAAUGUGUGGACCUCUAAUGACCCUGGGUGGAGUUAUGGGGUGUGGACCACCUGGAGUGCCCAGAUGUCAAUCAUAGAGUGGGACUCGACUGCAGACACAAUGACCAUUUAUGUGUCUGUGGAUCAGGAGUCCCAGGAGCGGUUGUGUGGGAUAGAGUGGAUGGGCCAGCGCAUGUAUGAGUUCCCUACUUCCUGGGAAAAAGACAGGUGUUCCAUCAGAGUGAGAGAGGGAGAGAUGGAGUCAGGAAAAGUAUGGGACAUUAGAGUAGGUUUUCGCAAUAGGAAACCUGAGAGUCCUAGAGUCAUCUGGUCUAAGAAUAAAGGAGGGAGUGCACACCGUGAGGUUGCAGCCCUACAGCCCCCACCAGGAAACAUCGUGGAGGAUGAGGAUGAGGUUCAGACUCAGCGGCCGGCCGGAUCAGCAACCAAAGAGCUCGUUGUUGCUUCAGCGGGGGCUUCAAUGCCGAACAGUGGUUCAGGCCUUUCAGGAUGGAUGCAGCAAGCUGUGUCAGGAUGGACUGAUGGGCUGAUCACAAAAUUACAAGGAUUUUUGUCAGAACAAGAUGAGGAGGAAGACGAGGAACAGGGUGAGAAUAUUCUAGUGGAUGUGCGUCUGCAAAAUAGCUGGUACAGAUGGGUUCAGUUUGCGGGGUUGGCUAAUGGGAAGACUGAUUGUUACAUCUGUACUAAAGCUAAGCCUGAUAGGUUUUUUGUGCUAAAUACGAUUUUCAGUUGGCAGGAUUGUGAAAAGAGAUUGCGGGCAUACACUCAAAGUCCCAGACCCUGGUGUGAAGCAGAGUGUUUACUGUAUUUAGGUUCACCCUCUUUCCAGGCAUCAGUUGAUUUUUAUGCCCACGGGAAGACCAACGUUCAGCGCUGUGAAGACUUAAAUGUCAGAAUAGGACAGAAGAGCGUGCUAUUAGGUAUGCCAAAUAAUGCCCCUUUAAUUCCAAUUGGUCGUUUUGAAUGUAUUGAGCGUAUGGGUAUGGUGCCCUUAGGUAAAAUCAAGCGCAAGAUCUGCAGCCAUAGAUGGCAGGUCACGACCCUUAACUGCACAAAGCCAUCCCUGAAGCCAGCUGUUCUAGUAUCAGGAAUGCUGAGACCGAUACUCGUAGCAGGAUGCCCCUAUUUAGAUCAAACCAUCGCACUAGCUGACCAUUUCUGGUGGUGUGGAGGUCAGCACCUCUACGCAGUCCUACCUGUGGGAUGGGCUGGCAGGUGUGCUCGGGUGCAAUUGGUACAAGAGAUAAUUACAUUUAAGGGAGAAGAACAAGACAAGAAUGUCAGCAGCAGAAAUAAGCAAAGUUAUCAACCAGAUCCCAGAGUUUACAUCGAUGCCAUUGGACAACCCCGGGGGAUCCCAAACGAGUUCAAAGCUAGGAACAAGAUUGCCUCGGGAUUCGAAUCUAUUCUACCUUGGAUCACGACCUCUAAGAACACCGAGUGGGUGAACUACAUUUAUUUUUCGUUGCAGAGAUUCAUUAAUUACACAGACGAUGCGUUAGGGGCUCUGGGAGAACAGGUGGGUGCAACAAGUGCAGUAGCGUGGCAGAAUAGGCAAGCACUAGACUGGAUCUUAGCAGAGAAGGGAGGGGUGUGUGCUCUCAUAGGUGAUGUGUGUUGUACUUAUAUUCCAGGACAUACAGCCUCGGAUGGAGCUUUCACUGAGGCAAUGAAGAGACUGAGAACGCUCAGAGUUGAGGUAAAAGAGGCGGCUGGCAGUGGGUCGGACUUGAGCUGGACAAAUUGGCUGGAAAAUAUGGCUGGGGGCUGGAAACAGGGGCUGAUUAAAUUGGGGGUAAUGAUUACUGUAGGAGUAGUUGUCCUAGGACUCAUCUUCUGUUGUUGCAUUCCGUGCUUGAGAUCGUUAGCGCUUAGAGCAGUGACCAAGCAGACGAUGCAGAUGGCAGUUAUUAAACAGAGAGUGAAGAGCAGUCAGAGUAGCAUAGGUAGUGAGGGAGGUGACCUCUUUCCAAUUCCUGACUGGAUCCAUAUCGGGCCCGAGGACGGGGAGGACGAGGAGGCGGAUGAGGACGGUGCCACCCCAUCAGCGUGAGGGCGGAGAGGAAGACUGGAGACGGCCUGAUAUGCACCACAUCUAUCUAUGCACAUAUAAUCCACACACAGUUAAAGGCACACGUCUAUUCUGUAAAAUGCCACAGAUUAUCCACAUUGUUCAUGUAUUCACAUUGUUCAUGUACUGCAUUAAUGUUCUUGUAACCUAGAAAAAUGACAAAUGUAUGCUGUGGUGUGUAGUAUCGUUUGCCACUAUAUAUCUGAAUUAAUCUGACACAAUGUAGCAGAAGUGUGUACCACA